UCGACUUCCGGGGGAGGGAGGAAGCGGGAGUGUGUUUUGACUAGUCGUUUACGUUUGACUCGCGGAGGCUUUUCAGGCGAGGACCUGGCACCCAAACCUGCGCUGAGUCUACAACUUCGCCUGAAAGGUGUUCCGGGCCGCUCUGGGGUCGCUCUGGAGGCGGCUAAACAGGCCGCACCUUCUGCCAUGACUGCGCCCGCUGUGUUGCGCGCCCUGCGUAAGAACAAGACCCUCCGUUACGGAGUUCCCAUGUUGUUGUUGGUUGUUGGAGGUUCUUUUGGUCUUCGAGAAUUUUCACAAAUCCGAUAUGAUGCUGUGACAAUUAAGAUUGAUCCUGAAUUGGAGAAAAAAUUGAAAGUGAAUAAAAUAACUUUAGAGUCAGAAUAUGAGGAAGAAGAUUCCAGACCUGUGGAAACCUGGAUGUGAAUAAUAUGAUGGCAGAAAUUUUUGAUUAAAAAGCCAGAUAUAAGUCUGUAUGCUUUUCAUUCUACUUGCAAAUGAAAAUAGUAGUGUUGAACAUAUAUACAUAUGCACACACACAUCCACACAUACCCUGCUACCAAUCUAUAAUAAAAUGUGACUACUGCUUCCAUAGCAUGCCAUGCAUUCUACUUUCGUAUUACCCACUCAUACUCCUUUUCCAGCCACUAGAACAUUUUUGCUAUCUCAGUUUGGUUUCAUAGGCUUAGAUUCAGAUUUUCCCAAUAAAAUUGUGACUUUAUGUUAAGCCUAUAAAUAAGUAAUCAUAAUCUAGUAAUGGUCUUGUGUUUUAUUCCUAAUACUUUAUAAAUGAGCCUCAGAAACCUGUUUAUAUGCAGCACAUGAUAGUAAGGAGAUGUGACAUUUUGUUGAGGUUAUCAAAUGGCUGUGUUAUGCAUCAGCAUAGUCUGGGAGUUGGUUCUAGUUUGUUAGAGCUCCUGUAGUCUGAUCCUUAAACAAAAUGGUAGGAAAGAUAAGAGUUUUGUUUUUAAGCCAAUAAUAGCUCAUUUUCUUCUUUUACUUCUGUUUAGGCAGUCUCAAUUCCCUACCUUGUGUAAUCUUAGUGCUGAAUUCCAAAUACCUGAAAUUUCAGUUGAAAUAUUCCCAUUAUAACUAUUCCAAAUGAUCAAACACCACACUUUUCCCUCAAUCAAUUUUAAUUAAUUUCAACACAUUAGUUUUAGUAAUCUUAGAAUAUUAUUUAAUGGAUAAUUACAAACUGACUUCAAAGUUACUGUCUUAGUUACUUUUCUGUUGCUGUGAUAAAACCAAAAGCAACUUGGAAAAUAAAGGGUUUAUUUUGCUUACACUCUUAGUCAGGGGAGGAACUCAAGGCAGGGAUUGAUGCAGAAGCAAUGGAGGAACAUGGCUUUCUGGCUUGCUUCCCAUUUCUUACUCAACUUCCUUUCUUAUGCAACCCAGGAUCAUAAAGGAUAGCACCAUCUACAAUGGGUAGUUCUCCCACAUCAAUCAUCAUUCAAGAAAAUUACCUGUAGACUUGCCUACAAGCCAGUCAUAUAGAGAUAUUUUCUGGAUUAUGAUUGCCUCUUCUCAGAUGACCCUAGUUUGUAUCUAGUCGAUAUGAAAACCAACCAAAAUAAUCUACCCCUUGUCAAUUUGACACACCAACACAGCACUUCCUAAGCCACAGCCCUUCUUGUUUGUCCAUGGUGUCAUGCUAAUAUCAAUAUGACUGUAUAAAACAUUUCAACUUUUAAAAGUCCCACAGUCUUUAAAUUUUUUAACACUUUAUUUAUUUAUUUUUAUUUUUUUGUUUUUCGAGACAGGGUUUCUCUGUGUAGCCCUGGCUGUCCUGGAACUCACUCUGUAGACCAAGUUGGCCUCGAAUUCAGAAAUCCUCCUGCCUCUGCUUCCCAAGUGCUGGGAUUAAAGGUGUGCACCACCACCGCCCGGCUAUUUUUCAAUACUUUAAAUGCUCAGUUUUUUAAUAAUACCUAAUCUCAAACUACAAAUGCUCUUUAAAUCCCCAAAUUUCUCUGAAAUACUGAAAGUCUCUCUAACUGUGGGCUCCUGUAAGACAAAACAAGAGCAAACAAAAGACAAAGAAGUUAAAGACUUUUUACCCUGAGAGGGAAGAACUAGGGCAUGCACAGUCACAAUCAAAUAAAAUCAAAAUCCAAAUUCAA